ACCGUCGCGCCGGCCGCACUCCCCGCCGCCCCCCUCCCCCUCGCCUUCCCUCCGGAGCCCACCCCGCAGCUCGGCGACCUCCACGGCGUACAUCAGCCGGUCUGCGAUGACCCUCGUCGGGAUUUUCCUCGCAGCCCUCAUCUGGUGCGCCGCCUACGUCGCCGCCGCCAUCUCCUCAGUCUUCUAGUCCCCCCUUUCUCCGGCAACUCCGCCCCCACAAGCCCAACCCUACCCCCGUCUUCAAUCCUUUGGUAGCCCAACGCCUACCAUGGGUUUCGCGCAGCUCGUCAUCGGCCCCGCCGGCAGCGGCAAGUCGACCUAUUGCUCUGGUUUGUAUCAACAUUGCGAGACAGUGGGCAGGAGGAUUCAUAUGGUCAAUCUGGAUCCAGCUGCAGAGCACUUCAGCUACCCUGUAUCUACUGAUAUUAGAGAGCUCAUAUCACUGGAUGAUGUCAUGGAGGAGCUUGGGAUGGGACCAAAUGGCGGCCUCAUCUAUUGCAUGGAGCACCUUGAAGACAAUUUGGAUGAUUGGUUGGAUGAACAAUUAGAAAACUACUUGGAUGAUGACUAUCUUGUGUUUGAUUGCCCAGGCCAAAUUGAACUCUUCACUCAUGUUCCAGUUCUGCGUAACUUUGUUGAGUAUCUGAAAUGGAAAAAUUUCACUGUUUGCGCUGUGUACCUUUUGGACUCACAGUUUGUCAGUGAUGUCACAAAAUACAUUAGCGGUUGCAUGGCUUCUCUUUCUGCUAUGAUUCAACUCGAGCUUCCUCAUAUCAACAUCCUUUCUAAGAUGGACCUUGUUUCCAAUAAAAAGGAUGUAGAAGACUAUCUGAACCCUGAGGCACAGGUUCUUCUGCCACAGCUGAAUCGACAGAUGGCGCCUCGGUUUCACAAGUUAAACAAGGCUUUAGCUGAACUGGUUGAUGAUUACAACAUGGUGAAUUUCAUACCACUUGAUUUGAGGAAGGAGAGCAGUGAUCGAAGGAACCCUUUGCCACUUGAGUUUCUGAUCCUUGGACAUGCUACUUCUACUAGUAUGUAUCUGGAUACAACUUUAACAUUUAUCUGGAAGACACAUUCCCUUAUUGCCAGAUUCAAAUUUCUGGUGGGGUGAUGCAUUCAGUAUGUGCUGUCAAAUAUCGACAACUGCAUCCAGCACGGGGAAGAUGCUGAUGUGAAAGUUAGGGAUUUCAUUCCUGAGGAUGAUGAUUGACCAUUUGAUCAAGCAGAAGCAACAAAUUAGUCUGUAUCAUGUAGUGUGGGUCCAUGGGAGGAGGAAUUCACCGCCACGGUAACGUUGAACGGGCAGAAGCGAUGUUUAUCUGUUUCAAUCGUUGGUCGAAAAAACAACACACAAUGCAUCUGCAGAGUGUCACCUUAUGCUUGUGUGGUUGGUAAUUACCAAUUGCUUUUAAAAAGUCCUCUUCCGGAGCUCUUGAAUGGCACCAGACAUGAGUGGUACUGUAAUACCAUGGUACUGUAAUACCUAAAAUUGUGUAUGCACCGUUGCAUCAAUUCUGCUUCUUUAUUUCUGAACA